AGCCAUUUCCGCUCCUCUAAGCCCGUUUCUGACUCUCUGCUGCCCUCCUCCGACCUCCUUCAGCCAACCUCUUCCCUCUCCCUGUUUCUUCCUUCCUCUUUCUCUCCGUCUAUCUCUCUCUUUUGCUCUUACCAAUUUUUCCAACAGAGAGGUGGAAUUGUGCCGGCCUGCUCUCGAUAUGGCUCGGUGUAUUUUGAAUCGGACGGUUUGAGAAGUUCCGAUGAUCUCGCUCGAUCGAGGCUCUUCUUAAUUGCCCCUCUUGUUCGUGUUGAAGCAGCUGUUUGAAUCGGUGGGAUCCGUUUCCAGAUAUACUUUCACCCUUGGCCGGCCCCUUUGUUGGCUCUAUUGUCCCCUCUCUCUCCUCUCUUCUCCGUUUCUCAAAAAAUCUCAAAACCCUAGCUAGGUUUGGAGUUCUCGAUCUUCUCUCGAUCAGUUUGUGAUACUCGGUGAUCAAUUCCCGGAGCCAUGCCGGACGUCCAGGCCCUCGUCAAUGAUUUCGUUCUCAAGCUCAAGAGACGGAAGAUCGAGGGGUCGCACGCGAGCGCGCGGCAUACGGCGGAGCUGCUCCGGUCGGUGAUCUCGCAUCAGAGGAUGCGACAAACGAACCAGGCGGGGGCGCUGAUCGAUGCCGUUAAGGCCGUCGGCGAGCAGCUUAUCGCCGCAAACCCUGUCGAGCUUGCUGUGGGGAACAUUGUGAGGCGUGUUUUGCAUAUCAUCAGAGAGGAAGAUCUUUCUUCAACUGCAACUGCAAUUGAGGGACUGGGCCUAUCUGCUGGUAGUGAUGAUGAUGAUGAGGGUCAAUAUGAAGAUCGCCCAGCAUUAUCUGCUGCAGCUCUUGCUGCUGCUGCCAGAAGCACCCUUCGUGCCCCUUCUUUGCAAACCCUUCUUGGAGACAUACCUGGGUCUGCUGUUACUCCUCAGCCUCCUUCUUCAUGGGGCGAUUCUGAAGGAAAAAGCAAAUCAGCAGAUAAGAACUUGAGGAGCCGGAAGCUAAAGCAUGAUGUCAUUGAAGCUAUCAACGAACUGAUUCAAGACAUCGAUACCUGCCAUGAACAAGUUUCUGAACAAGCAGUGGAGCAUAUUCACCAAAAUGAGGUCAUUUUAACUUUGGGCCGUUCAAGAACAGUCAAGGAAUUCCUUUGUGCAGCAAAAGAGAAAAAUCGAUCUUUUCGGGUAUUUGUUGCUGAGGGUGCUCCAAGGUAUCAGGGGCAUGUUCUUGCAAAAGAGCUGGUUGGAAAAGGCAUACAAACCACUGUUAUAACUGAUUCUGCAGUUUUUGCCAUGAUUUCCCGAGUGAACAUGGUAAUAGUCGGAGCUCAUGCAAUCAUGGCAAAUGGCGGAGUUGUUGCACCAGUAGGCAUAAAUAUGGUUGCACUUGCUGCGCAAAGGCAUGCUGUCCCAUUUGUUGUGGUUGCUGGUAGUCACAAGUUGUGUCCCUUAUACCCACAUAAUUCAGAGGUUCUGCUGAAUGAUCUCAAAUCUCCAUCUGAUUUGGUGGAUUUUGGGGAGUUUUCAGAUUGUAUGGAUUUUGGUAGUCAUGGUGGGUCACCUCUUCUUCAUGUUGUUAAUCCAGCAUUUGACUAUGUGCCUCCAAAGCUUGUCAGCCUUUUCAUUACUGAUACGGGAGGGCAUAAUCCAUCUUAUAUGUAUCGGCUUAUUGCAGAUUAUUACUCUGCUGAUGAUCUUGUGGUGAAGCAAAGAUCAACUUCAUGACUGCAAAUGAACAAAUACAUUGAUAUUAGCACGCUCCGAGAAUACUUGGAAUUAGGAUCAAUCUCAAGAAGCUCAGGACAGCAGAGGAAAAAAUUAUUAACUCCAUCUGAUGUGGGUUUAACAAGUCACCGGAAGCACCAUCAAGUAAAACAUUGGCAUUCAUACUACGAAUCUAGAAGCUUUUCAAUAGAGUUGAUGCAGCUUAGUUCCUUAGAUGAUUGACAGGCUUGAGUUUUUGAUCAGUGAAAGCGAUUGUCUAAAUUGUGCUGCUGUGGGUGUUUUUUCCCCCCUUAUUUUUCAGAUUAGGACAUCUGUUGCCGCGAUCUUUGCAUUGUGGAAGCCUUAUACAGCUAAAAACUAAAAUCAGCAAGCAGCCAAGCAUAUUGAUACAUCAAAAGCUAGGAUGACCGUCUUCCUCCAUCUGGAGUGUUUGAUGCAAACCAUUCAUUCUUCAGACAGUGGCCAACUACAUGACUUUGUUUCUGUUCUUUUUCUAUAAUAUUUUAUCAUAUGAACCAUCAUUAGGUGGAAAGCUUUUUGUUGUGAACUUACGAGUGAUGCAUGCCAGCAGCUAAGGAUUUGAUAUUUCAAUUGAUUUGCUUGUAUGUGCAUGAUCCGUAUAUGAAACUUUUGAAAAAUCUAGGUUAUGUGGUCUUUCAAUUGAUUCUUUAGCCUCUGCAUCUUAGAUUGUCUGCAACAAUUGCCUAUAGAAUUUUCAAGAGGUAUGAGUCGGGAAAAAUAUUAUCAUGUAAGCAGAUUUGUGUAUUUGUGCUUUGUCUAGAGCUGGAAAACAGAAGGAAAUAUUAAUGAAAAAAUGGAUCUUGAUCAUCCUGA